AUGCGGGAAAGAAUAGAAAUCGGAAUAAUUUCUAAUGACAGCAGUCAUGAAGGAACAAUAAUGCAAAUAGCAAAUAGCCUUGAUGCAUUACAAUCAGCAGCCUCACAAAUAUUUCAAUCAAUUGAUAACAGAGUUUCUAAUUAUUCAAAAAGACUCCAAGAUGUAAAACAAAAAGCUACUAAGCUUCAAGAUCAAUUAUUUUAUUUACAAAACAAUAUGAGUUUGAAAGCGAUAAAAAUGUACUCAGACGCCAAGUACCCUGCGUAUUCGACUUACAAAGAGUAUCAAACACUUAUAAAUAAUCCAAAAGAGGUAACUAAUGAAGUAACGAGCCAAGUGGAGAGUUUUUCUGUACGGCGUCCAACUGAGUCAGGUGUCAGAGCUGAUCAUUAUGCCAGCGAAUUGAAGCUCAAAGAAAAAUUACAAUUUUAUUAUGUCAUGAACAAGUCAUUGAAAAAAGACUGCUUGGAUAAAACAAAUGAGACUCCAGUAACGAGAGUAUCGUCAGUAAGUGCAUUGCUAAUUGAUGAUGAUGAUAAAAUAUCUAAAAAAUAUACGGGCUUGUCUUCGGAACUUGGCAAUAAUAACCAGAGAAAAAUUGAAGAUGCUCCUAAUUCAAUAAAUCAGCCGUGGCAGUCAUCGGAUUUUGACUCACCAUCAUAUUUAUAUGCUCCGAUGUUAGGCGAGGUUCCGCAAAUAAAUGUACCAGCGAUAUUACCAGAUCUUCCAGGAAUAGUAGACGAUGAGAAAUUUGUCCUAGACUUGAGUUUUCAAAGCCCGAUAGCCCCAUCCUCAGCAGUAACAUCACCGACAGCACGAAUCGAUCUUCCAGACGCUGCUAUGACAGUAAAGGACGAUAAACAGACCAAACAAAUUCAAAAUCCUCCAAAUCUUCCCAAUUUAGAUCAAGACAAUACAGAAACCUCGGCAAUACCGGCUCCGCUCCCGCCACCUCCACCUCCUCCUCCAGUUACUAAACCUGAAAGCUUACCGAUACCUCUAACAUCUACAUCAGCACCACCACCACCACCGCCGCCACCUCCUCCACCUCCUCCACCUCCUCCACCUCCACCUCCAGCUUCUUCAUCAGCGACUGCUGAAUCCAAAGAACAGAAAGUAGAAAUGAAACCUACAGCGAAACCACCAGCCUCAACCGACGAUCGCAGUAAUUUAAUGGAAGCUAUUAGAGCUGCUGGAGGGAUUGGCAAGGCUAAACUUCGUCAGACUACCGCUGAAAAACCCAGUGACAGGUGGUCAUCGGCCGCUGUAGGCGGCGAUUUGAUGGCCGAUUUACACGCAAAGCUCUCACUGAGGCGUAAAGGCAUUGCUGGAGGCAGUGCUGGUGGAGCUGGUGGGUCUAUUGGAGCUUUAGAAAGAAUAUCUCGUUUAAUUCCGCCGCCACCUAAGCCUAAUGAAGCUUCUGAUCGUAAUUCUACAAGCGAAUACGAUUCACAGCCCGAUGCUGACGACUGGGAAGAAUAA